GCAUUUUGGCUGCCAUUUGCUGUAAUCUGUCAUUCAUUUAAUGUUAUUGAAUAGGUGUGUUUUUAAUUUGUUUUGGUAUAAAGAAGCUUAAUUUUGUCAUAAAUUUAACUGGUUGGUGUACGAAAUUCGUUGACAAAGUAGUUCUAAAGCCCGCCAUGAGCAAUAUGUGCUUGAAAUAGUCAUAAUUAAAAUUAUGAAGCAGUGGGACCAAGUUUAUUUAAUGGCAUUUCCUGUUAGCAGACAAAAUAAGCAUUGUUUGUAUCUAUAAGUUGUAAAAUGAACACAGUAUGUCUUUUUUGAGUACUACCGAAAAUGUGGGUUUCAGUGGCAUUCCACAAAAUAUAUCAGACGCAAGCUGCGCUACUCAAUACAAGUUGGCAGUGGAGGGUGUCUCGGGGAACUGUGGAGAUGUUAACAUGUUCAUACAGGACAGCUCGGGCGAUGAACAGACUUACAUACCACACUUGAAUGAAAACUUCUUUCAAACCAAAUUUAAAAUAGAUCCCAACGAGCUUUACACAUUUCACGAUUCCGACAUCAUCGCCGGAGAAAUAACUGUUAGUCAUACGGAUGAUAAUUACAUGUUCCCUGAUAAUGUAGAAGUUAAGGCCAAGUUCUUGGACAGCCCGAACAAUGAGGUGGAUCUUCAGAUCAAAGGCUCUCUUCCUAACGGGGAGGUCAUCAGGGACGAGAUCAAGCUUGAGAUUGUUCCUAACGGGCAUUUCAUGCCAGAGCCUAAGCAUCCCAUGACUCCCAAUUACAAAGACUUGAAGACUACUAAUACCAAAGUUCAGAAAGCAAAGAAUCCAAGCCUCGGAAAAGAAAUCAAAAGUAACUCUGUUGAAGCAAGACGGCCAAGUGUACACAGCCCAAAGGGGCAAUCUAAUAAUGUAGCCUCAUGUAAGAAAGUCAGUAUUAAUAGUGUUAAUACUAAUAAUAGUAAGUCCUCGUCAAAUCCCAAACUGUCGGGGUCGGAAACAUUUCUGGAUGUUUUUAAAAGGGAACAGGGGCUGGUUGAAAAUGCCCCGGCAGUUAUAAAGACUGAGUCUCCUGCUGCACCCCCACCUAAAGCACCACCAUCUUCAGUGAAGAAAGCACCAUCAGCCAAGUCGUCCCAAAGCAAGGUCCGGCGAGGCCGCGGGCCGGCGGUCCACGAGGCCUUGCAGCGGAUACCCACACCUCGCGCCGUACCCGUCCCGAACCGGGCCUGGCACGCCCCGGGGGACAGCUUGUUUGACUGUGGGCCUCUUGACGACAGACAACCGGGAUUCAGGCAGCUUGAGAGCAGUAGCAGUGACGAUGAUAACAUACCUGAGUUUGAAUUAGGCACCGGCCCGGUCUGCGUAGAAGAAAGCGCGGCGGAAUCCCGAGGGGCUCGCCUCGCGCUCCGCAGGGCAGCGUUAAGACGGCAUGUCGUCAGAGCGGACACCUCUCUACGCCUAGCGAGGGAUUAUCGGGAGCACAAAUCACUUGCUGCUAUCAUCAAGAAACAACUCAACGGGCAAGGGUCAUCGUGUCGCCUUCCGACUCAGGUGGUGAACCAUUUGCUGGCUAUGCGCGGCAUGCCUGAGGUCCUUUCUUCGCGGGAACGGCGAAGACUCAGAGAAGUCGGCUGGUCUGGCGGCGAGAGUGGCUCCCUAAAGCCGUGCCUCGGCGCCGCCUGCUCCGAGGACGGCUGCGGCGCCCCGCGCCUGCCGUGCGGCCGCUAUUGUCUGUCGCACGUCACGCUGGCGCCCGAGCAGAGAUUGUACGCGUCGUGUGCGGCGGUGUUCGCGGGGGGAGCGAGAUGCAAGCAGCCGAUAUUGCCGCUUCAAGAGCAGACGCCGCUCUGUGCUGAACAUGCGUGGAAGCGGGACAACUACGACAAGCUGAGCCGCGACAGCAAGCCGAAGAAGCUCGUCCGGAAGCUUGUGCCGCCGCCCGCGCCGCGCCGCGCCACGCGCCGGCGGCGCCUGCCCGUGCCCAAGCGGCCCGCGCCCGCGCCCAACCAAUCUCUUUCAGAAAUCAACGUGUGCUCGAAUUCGUCUGCAUACGACAGCUCGGAGGACACCGGCAUGGGCGCGCUCAGCGAAAACGAAUUCAUCGUCUCGGCCACCAACUCGCACGAACUUGAAGUGGGUGAAGUGGGCCAAGUGCCACCCGACGAUAUUCUGGACCCGGCCGUACUCAGCCAGAUUCCUGACGAGGCGUUCACGGAAUUCUUCAACCAAGGUGGUUCGUCAUUCGCGGAGAGUUCCGAGCUGGCCGCGGCGCUGGAGGCCGUGCUCGAUGAGCGCGCGCUGGACAGCAUCGGGGACGUGUUCCAGCACUCGCCGCACCAGCCCAAGCCUAAGAUGCAAGUGCCAGCAUCAGUGGCAAUGGAGAUGUCCUCGAGCGCGCCCUCAUAACACUUUAAUAUAACUAUGUUAAGCUAAAAUAUACUAUGUACUACAAUAGGAACAAAUUCAUAGUCUCAAAGAGUUGAAAUUAAUUUCUUCAUGCUUUAAGUUUUGUAUGUUUGUGUAUGGAAUGGAUUGUGGAGUGCCGUGUACGUGAUAUUAGUUUGGGUUUAGGGUCCGUAGCUCAUGGUAAAUAGCUUGGUGGUCUAUAAAUGUGGAGACACUUGAAACCUGUAUUUGAUUGGCUGCGCAACGUAUGCUAAAAUAGUGACCUCAUUUUCUCACUUAGAAAUAAGAAAUGAUCCCCGCCGUUUAAAAUUAAACUUUUUAACAUCAAAUAUCUGAGAGACCGAGCUUUGCUCGGAAAAUUUUUACUUAUUUUUUGCUCAGAAAUGUGCGUUUACCCAGAGAUAAGAUCUAACUAGAUCGAUUUUUCGCCCCCGAAAACUCCCAUAUAGCAAAUUUCAUUGAUAUCGUUAGAGCCGUUUCCGAGAUCCCCAAAAUAUUUAUAAUAUUAUAUGAAUAAUCAAGAAUUGCUCUUUAAAAAGGUAUUAGAUAGAUAGAUGUGGUCUUCUAUUGGAAAUAAAGUAAAAAUGCGAAUUUCUAAAUGACUAAAUACUUAUUCCAAGAUGGCGGUGGUGCCUCAAGGACCCCAAACGUCAGAUGGUCUCGACAUAAAAAUGUACCAAAUUUCAUGUCUGUUCUAGAGAUGUCGACUCUUGUUCUAUUUACAUUACGUUGAUAAUGAGGACAUAGUGUAUAGAUGUAUUGCAUAAUUAUUUUCCAUUGUAUUUUCAUGGAAACUUACGAACGCGUCUUGCUAUUUCAGUCAGUCUCGGUACAAAAAGUACUGACAUUGACUGAACUGGCAUGACAAAUACGAACGUUUCCGAGAAAAUAAGAUGGAAAACAAUUAUGCAC